AUGUCUCCUACAUCCACCAUAACAGCCCUCGCGCCGCAUACACCAGACGCAUACACAACCGCCCACCACAUCGGCAAUCCACCAACAUCCUUCAAAAACCCAUGGCCCUCUUACAAACCCAGCGGCAUAGCCACCGCCGUACGCGCCCGAUUCACAACCCCCAAAAACUUCGUCCCGGUACCCAGCGACCGCGCCGGCCUCGUCCUCGUCCGCAAGCCCGACUUCACCACUACCCGCAACGGCCUCAAAGCCACAUGGAUCGGCCACGCAAGUUUCCUGCUCGAAACAACCCGUUCCGCCUCUAGCGAACGCGGCAUGCGCCUCCUCGUCGACCCCGUCUGGAGCGAGCGCGUAGGCCCUUACGGCAUGGUUGGCCCUGUCCGCUUCACACCACCGCCCUGCACUAUCGACGACCUCCCUCACAUCGACGCCGUAUGCAUAAGCCACGACCACUACGACCACCUCGACUCCGACACGCUGCGCAAGCUCAACACGAAGCAAAACGGCGACUUGCGCAUAUUCUGCGGGCUAAACGUCAAGUCCGUGAUUACAGGCCUUGGUGCUGGCAUCACUGCAGAGCAAGUCACGGAACUCGACUGGUGGGACGGCGUGACGCUCUCAACGCAAGGCGUUGGGAGCGUAGAUAUAAUAUGCACGCCCGCGCAACACCGCUCUGGUCGCGCGCCCUGGAAUUUCGAUGCAACGCUUUGGUGUAGCUGGGUAAUUCGCGAGUCUUCUUCUUCUUCCUCGCCAAUAGCAGGAGCCAAGUCGCUCUUCUUCGCGGGCGACACGGGAUACUGUCAUGUCAGUUCUGAUGAUCAAUACUCGCACCACGACGCCCCGCAUCCUCCGUGCCCCGCUUUCAAAGAUAUAGGGAACCUGUACGGUCCCUUUGAUCUCGCAUUGUUACCGGUGGGGUGCUUCAUGCCGCGCUCGGUGCUAUCGGGCCAGCAUUCUAGUCCGGAAGAUUCAGUGGCGAUACAUAGGGAUGUGAGGAGUAAGAGGAGUGUGGGCAUGCAUUUUGGCACGUUUAGAGGUGGGUUUUCGGUCAAUUAUGAGCCGGUUACUGAGCCGCCAGAGCGCUGGCGGAAAUGUGCAGAGGCGGAGGGGUUGGAGUGGGGGGUCGAGAUUGGGCUGUGUGAUGUUGGGGAGACAGUAGUAGUGGAGUGA